AUGAAAUUUUGGACUACGUACGAUGCUGCAGAGAGUGAGAGGCAGAAGGGCGUCGAAGAGUUUUAUAGAUUACAACACAUUAACCAAACUGUCGACUUUGUGACAAAGAUGAGGGCUGAAUAUGGUAAAUUAGAUAAGAAGGUGAUGAGCAUUUGGGAAUGCUGUGAGCUUCUUAAUUACGAGGUCGUGGACGAGAGCGAUCCAGAUCUUGAUGAGCCUCAGAUUCAGCACUUGCUUCAAUCUGCCGAAGCCAUCCGCAAGGAUUACCCUAAUGAGGAUUGGCUUCAUCUAACCGCUCUUAUCCAUGAUCUUGGGAAGGUUAUGACUCUUCCACAGUUCGGUGGACUUCCUCAAUGGGCUGUUGUUGGUAACUAA